CUUAAUUCUUAUCCUGAUAUAUCUGUUAUGAUCUACCUAGCGCAUUGAACACAGAAUAAUUUAGCUUCCCGGAUCGGGAACAUACUGCAACCCGCAUCCUCCGUCUACCUUCUUGCGCUGUGGACACUCGAGGGAGCACGCUCUGCCCCUUUUGGCCAUCGAAACUUAUUGAUAUCUUACUGGGAACAUUGCAUACUACAUUUGCCGUUUCUCUGGUUCCUCUGCUUCCACAUUGCAGCGUUCUGGAAUACUUUGACUUAUUUGCAUGACAAUUACGUGACUAAUGUUGCGAAAACAAUAUGUCUAACCUACGGCCGUAUAUGAUCUGUAUCUCUUUCCAUAUCCAAGUGACCAAGGUAUUUCUCAGACGCUCUUCAAUCCUGUUCCGCAUUUCUUUUUCCUCUUGAUUCAUUGUAACACACCUGUGAAACCACCUGUGCUAUGAUCUUCUUAUUAGCAAGCUUUGAUUUUGCAUGUCACUUUCGUAUGCACCCUAUAAUUUCGCACAACAUUUCUUCGUAGCUAAUGGUCCAGUACUUCAGGCAUUAUUUAACAUCAUUUUCGCCUCAUAGACGCCGCACCGACCAGCUUCUCCCACGAAUACAGCGAAUAAUAUGAAAAAUACUUCAGCAUUACCUCGAAGAGAUUCUAAGACUUACCUUUCGAGUCCCAUCGAUACAGCUCACCGAGAUUCCCACAAACCCUGUACUAAAACCGAUUUCACCGAGAACUUUGGAACCGACGCUUAUUUACGUCCAUCCAGAUUACGCCACCACGAAAUUCGUAAUGCUGCCACUGGUAGUUCGGCUACCAACUGUGUUAUCAACGCAUCCAACCGAGCCACUGGUCUAUCGAAUUACAACAUCGCUAAGCCAACUUCAGGAGCCCUUACGUGCGCGAAAAUCGACAAUGUUCUCCCAUCGCAACUCUCCGCUUUGUCCAUCGACACGAACUGCUGUGUUGAUUCAGUUUCAUCAUCUAAUUCAAACACUUCUACCUAUUCGGCUUCAGGAUCAAGACCCUCUGGAAACUAUCUUCCAUCGGUUUUCAAUGAUCCCCUGAUACACUCUUCGAGUUUUCGCCGCCAGUCUCUAUCAGAUCAAUCUUCCCCGGAACUUCCAAGUUCGGUAUGCACAAGCAACAGCAGCAAUAAUAGCAGUUCGCCUAAGUGGUCCAUUGCAACCUCUGGUACGCCGUCCACAUUGGGUGCAUCCAAGGGAACCCUAUUAACUGAUAAACAGAAUGGUGGGCUUGUUGGAUUGAAUAAUCUGGGGAAUACGUGCUUCAUGAACUCAAUAAUUCAGUGUUUGAGUAACACUCAACCGCUGCUGGAUUACUGUCUGUCAAACCGUUACAACAUGGAUCUGAACAAAGCGAGCACCAUGCACGGGACUUUGUUUGCCUCCUACGUUUCCUUAAUGAAGGAGCUGUGGAAUCCUGACAUGUUCGAGUCGUCGACAAAUCCGUCCCAUUUCAAGUCGCAGAUUCAACGAUUUGCUCCCCGAUUUGUUGGUUACUCCCAACAGGAUUCGCAGGAGUUUCUUCGUUAUCUCUUAGAAGGACUCCACAUGGAAGUGAAUCGUGUGACAAAGCGGCCACACUUGGUUGUCCCGGACUACGAGGCGGAAGACCGACUGCCUGAUCUUGAAAAAGCCGAACUCUACUGGAAUCGUUAUCUUUCUGUGGACAACAGUGAGAUCGUUGAUUUAUUUGUCGGUCAGCUGAUGAGCACACUGGAAUGCGCUGAGUGUGGCUUCAAGUCCACUACAUUCGACCCCUUUUGGGAUUUGAGUCUCCCGAUCCCGAAGAAGUCAAAUGUGACCAUAAUGGAUUGUCUGCGUCUGUUCACAUCGAAGGACGAUUUGGAUGGCAACGAACGGCCAGUUUGUGGCCGUUGUAAACUGAGGAGACGAUGCACGAAAAGCUUCUCAAUUCAAAAAUUCCCUCACAUACUGGUUUUACAUCUGAAGCGCUUUUCUGGGGAGCGUUUUAGAUCGAAAAUGUCCAUGCUCGUGGAUUAUCCAAUCAAUAACCUAGACCUGCUGGAGUUUUCCUCGCCGAGCUGUCAACAGAGAUACGCGCUGUACAAUUUAUACGCUGUGUCCAAUCACUCUGGUAGUGUGUACGCCGGACACUAUACGGCCAUUUGUAAACAUCGCGGUCAUGGCUCUUGGUUCGAGUACAAUGAUAGUCGCGUUCGUCCUGUGAGUAGACAGUCCGUGGUUUCCGCGGAGGGCUAUGUCUUGUUCUACGAGCUUGCAAACUAGUACUUCCCGCUCAUCCCUUCCUUCUCGCUCGAGCUAUUCCCGUCCAACGGUUUCUCUACGUGAAUGCUUAUUAACAGUAAAUACAACAACCUCUUGCACCAGCCAUAUGGACGCAACACCAUUACCUCGUCCCUUCUGAUUAUUCAUUUGUUUCGAUCCGUCGGUGAUGUUCAUAUUUUACUCUUGUUAUUUUUCUAUUCGCAUCCGCUUUCCCGCAAAUAUUCCGUCACUUGUUCGCCCAGAUAAACCCUCCUCGUGUGUGAGCUUUAGUUCCUUUCUUAUUUGUAAUACCCUUUUAGUGAUAGCAGCUCAUCAGUGAUAUUUCUUUUAGCUUUUUGCUUCCUAUGUUCCUCUUUCGCUGAGCCGGAUUUUCUACCUCUGCAGCUUCGUCUCUGCCGAUGUACUUAUCAGACAUUCAUUGCUCAAUGUACGUUUCACUUCGCGCCCUCUUUUCUCAGCCUCGUUGAUCUUCGUAUCUGGGGCGAAGGUGGAAAAUUCAGAGCAUAGUUUAUUUCGUUUUUUAUUUCCUCCUUGGCACUGAGCCUGUGACCUGCUUAAUCACUGCCGUCCAUAUUGGCAGUCUUAUUUGACACCAGAAUGUUAUACCACAUUUUCUUGGUGGUAAUCACAUACCGUAUAACACGUUGUCGUAUUUAAACACUUGCUCACUUGAUUCUGUUCACCUGUUUCGUCUGCAAUUGACCAAGUCACCUUCCAACCCUUCAAGACAUCCAUUGUAGCCGUUUCAAUAGAUCGCCGCGCUUCGAUUCCACUCGACACCCUACUCUAUCUGACUCAUCUGCCUCUCGGACAUCGCAAUAUCUGAGGCAUGUAUGUUGGCGCUUGCUUGCCUCUGAACCUCUCUUGAAUCGCCUCCACCGAGUGCGAUACACGAGCCAGUUGAUCUACCACCUACUCCACUUCAAAUCAUAGAAGUAUCAAAGUUGGCCAACUGUUCACUCUCCAUGCCAACCGAAUCGUUAUUCAUGAUUUCACUGCAGGGAUAAAAGAGGAUAGAAUUACUCAGGGAGUUUGGGAGACAUUGUACUCAAUAUACAUGAUAACAACGUUUACCUAAACGUUUUAAAUAAACAUUGCCACAUAC